GACUGUCAAAGUGGAUAACCUUUCCCAGUUCGUCACUCACUUCUAACACUUGUUGCUGCUGCUUUGGUUGCUUUGCUGCCAUCAAAUAUGUUGUUGGAGUUUCAAUUCUAAUACUGUCUCUUCUCUCCAAUGGCCUCUUCUUCUCUUCCUCUGCAUCACCCCUCCCAUUGCCUCAUCUCCAAUCCUCAGCAGUUGAAAGGUUCCAACUAUGGAUGGUCACCACGACCCAGAUAUACUGUCCCUACGAAAGACGCAGUAAAAGGCAUUCUAAUUCAACCCAUUAAAGCAAAAGCAGCCACCGAAGCUCCUCCGUUUUCUUUGUUUCAGCCUCCUGAAGCUGAAGGGUCUGCCUGUGAGUUGGAGCCAGCGGACCCUGAUUUCUACAAGAUAGGGUAUGUUAGAAGCAUGAGAGCUUAUGGAAUUGAAUUUAAAGAAGGGCCAGAUGGGUUUGGAGUUUAUGCUUCCAAGGAUGUUGAACCACUUCGCCGGGCUAGAGUAAUAAUGGAAAUUCCACUAGAACUGAUGUUAACUGUAAGCCAAAAGCUCCCAUGGAUGUUUUUUCCAGAUAUAGUACCAGUGGGUCAUCCAAUAUUUGAUAUCAUUAACUCAACUGAUCCAGAGACAGAUUGGGAUCUGAGGUUAGCAUGCCUUCUUUUGUACGCAUUUGAUCGGGAAGAUAACUUUUGGCAGUUGUAUGGUGAUUUUUUACCCAGUGCAGAUGAGUGCCCCAGCUUGCUUCUAGCUAGUGAGGAGGAGCUUUCAGAACUGCAGAAUCCCAAUCUUGCUUAAACUAUGAGAGAACAGCAACGUUGAGCCUUGGAAUUUUGGGAAAAAAAUUGGCACUCUGGUGUACCACUAAAAAUUAAAUGUCUUGCUCGUGAUCCUGAGAGAUUCAUUUGGGCAUUGAGUAUGGCACAAUCACGAUGCAUUGGCAUGCAAAUGAGAAUUGGUGCAGUUGUUCAAGAUGCAAACAUGCUAAUUCCAUAUGCAGAUAUGCUAAACCAUUCCUUCGAGCCAAAUUGUUUUUUCCAUUGGCGUUUUAAGGAUCGCAUGCUUGAAGUGAUGAUAAAUGCUGGAAUAUGUAUUAAGAAAGGUGACGAGAUGACUGUCAAUUACAUGAGUGGACAACAGAAUGACAUGUUGAUGCAAAGAUAUGGUUUCUCUUCACCUGUGAAUCCUUGGGAUGUGAUUCAGUUCUCCGGAAAUGCACGUAUUCAUUUGGAUUCCUUCUUGUCAGUAUUCAAUAUAUCUGGACUUCCUGAAGAGUACUAUCAUAACAGUCGCCUAUCUAUUGUAAUUUAGUAAAUAAUACUAGGA